AUGCUUUUUGGUGUGUUUCAGAACCUUCUCGACAACCUUCUAGGCGUAGUGACUCGAUUGAAAACUAUAGAAGCGCAAAUGCUACGCAUGCGUAAUGAGUGCCAGGAACGCGAGAAAAUAUGGGAGGCAGUGGAACGUGAGGUGAAGGACCUCGAAGAGAAGGCUGUGAUCUAUCGUUAUAGAGUCAUGGAAACGCAAUCGAUGCACGAUGAUGAGAAACAUUAG